GCGCGUGCGCAGUGCGGAGGCUCUGACCUUCAGCCGGGCGGCAGCAGCCAGCAGCGGGGAGAGGCGUCGCCAUGUUCUCCCGAGGAGCCGCCGUCCUGAUCUACCAGCCGCAAUGGGGCCAAGUCAGGAAUAUGGCCACUUUGAAGGACAUUACCAGGCGUUUAAAGUCCAUCAAGAACAUCCAGAAAAUUACAAAGUCCAUGAAGAUGGUUGCUGCAGCUAAGUAUGCCAGAGCUGAGAGGGAACUGAAACCAGCUAGAGUGUAUGGAGUAGGAUCCUUGGCUCUCUAUGAGAAAGCAGAAAUUAAGGUCCCCGAAGACAAGAAGAAACACCUCAUUAUUGGUGUGUCCUCUGAUCGUGGUCUCUGUGGUGCUAUCCAUACCUCUGUUGCUAAAGCCAUGAAAACUGAAAUUAGCACCCUCUCAGAUGCAGGGAAAGAGGUCAUGGUGGUUGGAGUGGGUGACAAGUUAAGAGGCCUGCUUCAAAGGACACAUAAUAAACAUUUCCUGGUGACAUUCAAAGAAGUGGGAAGAAAACCCCCCAGCUUUGGAGAUGCUUCAGCGAUUGCCUUAGAGCUGCUAAACUCUGGAUAUGAAUUCGAUGAAGGAUCUGUCAUCUACAAUCGAUUCAGGUCUGUCAUCUCCUACAAGACAGAUGAAAAACCUUUCUACUCUCUUGAUACAGUUGCUGGUGCUGAAAGCAUUAGUAUCUAUGAUGAUAUUGAUGCUGACGUGCUGCGAAACUACCAGGAGUUUACAUUAGCAAACAUCCUCUUCUACUCUCUGAAGGAAUCUACCACCAGCGAGCAGAGUGCCAGAAUGACUGCUAUGGACAACGCUAGCAAAAAUGCUUCUGAGAUUAUUGACAAAUUGACCUUGACAUUCAACCGUACCCGUCAAGCUGUCAUCACCAAGGAGCUUAUUGAGAUCAUUUCUGGCGCUGCUGCUCUGGGAUAAUCGGAAAGCAAGUUCCAGCCAAAGUCGAGAGGUAAAGAAACGAGGAGCUAUUCUAGAGAGUUGGUUUAACCUGCUUAUAUCCAUAUUGAUAAAACUGUUGGUCCAUCAUUCUGUGAAGAAUUAAUGGGGAAAACCUGAAAAUAUUUGUAAAUUAUCUUACAAUAAACCACCUACAUGAAACAAA